AUGCAGGUGACCGUAGAGCACAUUCAGCCGAGCAGCGGCUCUACCGGAUCCAAGUACCAUCAUGUUGAUCGCGAUUUUGAUAAGUUUCCUCAGGACUUGGAUCGAACACUUGAACAGAAGGGGUUGAGAGGAGCUCAGGACAAUAUGAGUCAAGUACGAGACAGGGAGGACAGCAUGAAAAAAAAGCUGCUCCAAGAACCUGACAAAAGCAUUAGCUCAGCGCCUGCACCAUUCACCAGAAGUGUCAACAGAGUUCCAACCAGUGACCUCAGCAUUUCGUCAUGUGGUCAGUCAUCUGCCGGUGGUGCUACCCCUGUGAGUCACCUCCCCUCCCGCUCUGGCAGCCCAGGCACUGACCCCAGUCCCUCCACAGAGCACAGCUCCAUCUGCUCCUGGAGAUAUGAUGAGUUUGAGCAGGCGAAUACGCAGCAUGUGCGUCAGCUCUUUAACUCUGUGGAUGAGCUCCUGUAUGAGGGGAGACUCAGCAGCUCAGAGUCCCUACAGGAAGAGUGUGAGGACUGGAACAGACACACCCCCCAUCUCAGAAUUUUAGGAAAUCAGUUAGAGCCUCCCAAACAGGAGGGUGUUCAGUACAUCUGCAGGCGAGAAUCCAGUACCAGAACCUCAUUGUUCCCAUCACCCCUCUGCCUGGACAAAAGAGAGGACCACAGCGUGCUGUUUGUAGAAGGCCACAGUCUGGCCCAGGGCCUUUGGUCUGAGCCGUCUGUCCUCAGCUCCUGCUCUCCACUGCCUGAGCAUUCACUCUGCCUCACUGAGGAAGAGGAGGUGUAUGAGACAGAGGGCAAUAUAGAGGAGUUUCUGGCGUACGAUGGUAAAGAAAUGGAGGAUGAGGAAGUGGGUCAGAGGAAGUCCUCAACCGUGAUCCCCAGGUGUGGAGUUCCGCCGGUGUCCCCCCAAGCAUGCAUUCGUGAUGCAGUUGCAGAUGAGCUGUUUGAUGACGUAUGGAGGGUAUUAGUGGGUCUUCUGGAGGAGCUCUUACACAAGUACUGGAAAAAACAAUUCCCGGAUGGAAAGACGCACAGGAGAACUUUGGAGAGCUCCAGUCAAGAGCCUUCCUCUCAGGUCCCUGUUAAAGGACAUCACAUUCUGUUGUCCAGGGGUUCCAGUAGUAGGACCACUUUCCUGUCAACCUGCAUCAAUAAUGUACAGGACUCAAGUGCCUUCAAGAUCAACUUAAAUGGUGUUAUGACAAUACAAGCAAAGCCACUGCAAAAGAGAUAUCAGGGAUUUGGCGAGAAAGCCCUAUUUGACCCAGAUGAUGGAGCAAGCAUGUUAAUGUGUGUGAAGACCCAGGCUCUGAGAGGGUCUUGUGUCCUCACACAAAAACCUGCAGCUCAGCGCAGACUCCCCAUUCUCAGCGGCAGAGUUCGGAUGUACCACAACCUCACAGGAAAUGGAAGCCAACUCCUACGAGGAACAAGACUAUCCACUGUGAAUGAGAGCCUGUCCUCUCCACCUGUGAGUGCAAUUCAGAACCACAGGCUUCCUCAUAUUCACACCAAAUCUCCAGAGCAGGAGUUUUGCGCACCUGUUUCCAGGCUUGUGCAGCUCAGAGGGAGGACCCUGAGAGGUGGAGCUACCAGUGCCAUGCACCCAGGAAUCAACCUACCACCGUUAAGAGAUCCCAUGCUGACGCUGGAAUCUCUAUCUCGGCCCAAUACUACUCACACAUACAGAUCAGACACGCCCAUGAAAAGGUCCUUCACGCCUUUGGAUUUUGCCUGUAACAUGAGGACAGGUCGAACACCUGGGAAAGCUAGUGGGUUCUUGGAGUGUGCCACACCUAGCAGGAGGCGUAUACCAAUCUCCACCUGUGCUGAUAGGGACAGAGGGAACAUGCCCCUGCUCAACUCUCUAGGUGGCCAGAGUCAUCGAAAAGAGUUGAGCCGGUUUCCAGUGCAUGCGAGGAAGAAAUUUCAGCCAGUCAUGCCAUAGCAGAGCAGUUAAUUUUGUAAUUGAACAAAACAGCAACUAUUGAACACUGCAAACACUGCUGCUUAAUUGAGCAGACAUUAUUGUGGUUUCUGGCUGUAUUAGCAUGGUUUCCUACCGUACUGUAUUUUGAGUAACAAACUGUCAUGCAAAGUGCCUUACAUUUAUAGAGAGUUUUUACCAAUUACCUCAACAUCUGGAGCAAACAAUGAAUUGAUCCAGCAGGAUGUAUCCCUGUUGUUUUCAUUUUAAAAUGUAUUGUCAGUUUUGAAUGCCAAAUAUGUUUUCUUAAAAAAAUACAUACAUCAUGUCAUGCCACAAAUAUGUAUUUAUAUUAAUUUAAGUUUUUACUGCUUUUAGAAAAAUGAGGCCAUCAGAACGAUAAAAAACUCCAUUCAUGAUGUAUUUAAUUCUUUCAGGCAUUGAUAUAUUUGUUUUGACCUACCAAACUGAAAAUCCCAAUUGAUUCAAAGAAACUUUCACCUCCUUGGCAGAUUAAUUUGUAAUACAAUUAUUAUAUAAUUUGGCAAAGGUUCAGUAUAAAGAAACACUGAUAGAGAAUUUUAUAGUUAGUUGUUCCCUGGCAAUUAUAUCCCUGCAAUAAUAUCUAAAAUAUUUCAGAAUAUUUCUUUUCCUCUCUAUGCUCAUGUUGUCAUUCUAUCAUUAUGUAAAAUUCUACACGAUUUUACUUUUUUGAUGAAGCACAAGACGACUGCAAUAAAAACGAAUGUGUUGGCCA